GUAAGCACCGGACCAGCAGUUUUCCAAAGCGUGUGAUAAAUUACUCCGCAACCACCUGUGUACUUGUUGUUCGCGUCUCUCAUGCUUCUUCGUAACAUGUGUCCCAUUAAUUCGAAGGAAGAAUGAUUUUGAAUUUAUUGUACGAGUUUCCGGCUUCAAAAGGCGGCUUUAAUUUGCUCCUCGAACACAAACCAUCAUGAAGAGGGCAUGCAGUUGCUUCGCGGAUUGAUGGAACUAUGUAAAAGAAGCCUCUGCUUUUGAAGAGAAGAUAAGAGAAGAGCCGAGCUGCUUUUGAGAAGGCCCAUGGCGAUGGCCGUACGCCUCUGUUUCUCCUCUCACCGGCAACGCGUGCUCCGAUGUCGGCCUCUUUGAGCAUGACCUCACCAUGUGCUCCACUUAAAGGCAUUAGCCCACAACGCAGUCCUCCUUUUGCCCACGGCCAUCAUAUGGCCUCUGUCCACGUUGCCCUGGACACCUUUGUCAGUACACUCCCAGGACACUUCCCCGAAAAAACUGUGCCUUUGCUCCUCCCAAAGAGAUGGAUUGAUGCCGGGAAUUGUUAAUUGCGAUUAGGCGUUUGAGAGAAUGCCGCAUGGCUCUUUUGCAUGCUUGGGUCCAGCACGAGACUGCCUCGCUCGUCAUCAUCAUGGUUGGGGUGGAAGGGAAGUGCUGCUUUGUCCAAAGGAACACUGGCCUAAGGGAGAUAAGAGCAGAGAAGGGCCAGAGUUCCUCACUGAAGCAUAUCCAUUGUUUCUGCCUCAUCAUAGCACAAUCUAUCUGGUGAUAGAUAGUCACAGGCAUAAGUCCAAACCCUGAUGCUGAUAGAUUUUUAGCAUAAUUGGAGUGAAAUGUGAAGCAACAACAUCCGCACCCUCGACAAAUUGGUAAAAAGAGAAAAGGAUAGCCAAACUGUCAGCUUCUUUCCCUGCAGUUUCAAGAGGAGCUUAUUGGUAGUCCAAUCUAUUUCCGUAAACGAUCAUGGAGAGGUUCCUGAGGAAGUAUGAUAGAGAAUGCAUGAAGAUGAUGAUGAUGAAGCAUGAAGAGACCUUCAGGCAACAGGUCCACGAACUCCAUCGGUUGUAUAGAGUUCAGAAGCUACUAAUGAGAGACGUGAAGGACAAUGAGCUGAAGUCACAGAGUUUCACCAAUUUCACUCACUCUAACCAGCUUGGUGAACAAAAGAAUGUCCCUGGCUCAUGCCUACUUAGUAAUAGCCACAAGGAACUUAGGCUACUGCACGGGCGGCGGGUGCUUAAUCUUGAACUUCCUGCUGAUCAGUACAUAGAAAGAGCUGAAGAAGAUGGCGGCGACAUAGAGCUGGCACUGACUAUAGGAAACAACUGGAGGAAGGGAGAUGAGGUAUCUUUCACUUCUGAUGAGGCAGCAAGCUUUUCCUCAUCAUCAACCGAGACUGGAGGGUUGAAAUUAAGUGGGAAUGGAUGGGAGCUGCCGGGGAUGGAAGAAGGAAACUUUUGCUAUGACAGCAAUAGGAAGAAUGGAUAUGAGAUGGAAGGAGUGAGAGAGGAAAGUCUGAAGCAGCCUUCCUGGCACAUCCAGUGCUUGAGUCUCAAGAUGGCUUGAUCAUGUUACUGACUUCAGGAGUGUGUGUUUGUUUCUCGUUUGGCAAUGAAUUGAAAGCAUUUCUUUUCUUAGAUAAUAUAGUUUGAUGCAGGUCAACACAAUUAUCCUGUCCAGAGUAUUUUUCAAGUGUACCACACCACCAAAAUGAUAGUAACUAAUGCAACUAGAAGUGAGCUA